AAUAAAUCCCGUAAUUUAUCCUCCGUCAGAAUGUUUUGAGAAUGGGAGGGGCCGCUAUGGCGGCUUGACCUUUUGCCACCACAGCGAGUGAGACGAAACUGAAAAGCAUGAAGAUAGUCUGGAAGAACAAGGCGAAGGCGGGCGGCGUCAGCGGCGGAAUAGGCGGGAAGAAGCGGUCUCGCCCGCUGCCAAUAACCCUCAAUCCAGAUCUUCCAUUCGAUAAGGGAGAAGACGAGGCCAGCACCGCUGCAGGAGGCGAAGCUGACAGUAAAAACCUCAACGACGGACAAGAAGCCCUAACCAAUGAAGAUCGCAUCAGGAAUCUCGUUGAAUGCUUCCGUUCGCAGGGGAAUCAGCUCGCGGAGGAUGGAAAAUACCAUGAAGCUCUAGGAAAGUGGGAGGCUGGAGUGUCCUUGGAACCAAAAAAUGCAGUAUUACACGAACAGAAGGCACAAAUUUUACUUGAAAUAGGUGAUUCAUGGAAUGCUAUAAAAGCAGCCACACAAGCUACAGAGUUGGAACCUUUAUGGUGUGAGGCAUGGAUCACCCUUGGCCGAGCACAACUAAACUUCGGAGAGCCAGAUUCAGCAAUUGAAAGUUUUGAUAGGGCGCUUGAAAUCAAGCCAAAUCACGAAGAGGCUCUCACCGACAGGAACACCGCAAUUCGUUUAGUGAAGAAGCGAAAGCUACUUCAGGCCUCAGGCUUGGAUGUUGCUGACAAUAGAUAUAAGGUCACAGAUAAGGUUGAAUCAGUAUGAUCUCCAAGUUAAUAGAUCGCGAUACAGCAUAAAGUGGUAGUUGUAAUCUAUCGCAUAAAGUGGUAGUUGUAAUCUUGUUACUAAUGCAAACGGGAUUUUGUAGCAUAGGAAACAGCAUCUUCCUGCCAUUUUUUUUUUAUGUGAUUUAUAUGUUGAUGAUUUUGUUUAUCUUCCUAAUGGCAACCUUAUUUAUUACACGGAGAAAAUUUAGCAAUUCCUCGCA